GGAAGAAAAAACAUUGGAGAGAGCAAAACUCACAGAGAACGACCUUUUAACAAGGAUACUUGAAAUGGGGAUUUGUUGCCAUGUUUGGGCAGAAGUACUCCAACUCCCCUGACAAUGCACAGAAGCUGCAGUCUUGAUGAACAGACUGUGUAAAACGACCAUAGUCAGUCUGAUGAAAACUUUCAUCACAAGUAUCAUAACCUCCUGAUCAGAGGAGUCUUUGGUUCCAGUAUGGAAACCCCAACACAUUCUGGGAAAAAUCAAGGCAGGACAGCUGUUUCAUCUAACCGUCCAAUGGACACAAAGGACUGGAAUAAAGAGCAUGUGAGAGAAUGGCUACUUGAGAUAAAUGUGAACAGAGAAGAGGCAGAAUUGUUGUAUAGUCAGGGAGUUAAUGGAGCUGAUCUUCUUCAUUUGGAGAAGACCUAUCUUAUAGUGCAACAAAUGAAAUCAGAUGCAGUAGAAAUGAUUAUUCAGCACAUUAAUCUUUUGAACCCAAAGACUCAACAGCUGAACAAAACGGUGAGGUGGCCAAGCAUGAAGCCCUACCCCUUCAAAAGACAUGAUGCCGCUUACAGGUACAUUGAAAAAAGCAUUCUAGAUGUGACAGAAACCGGUCCUAAAGACCUCAUUCAGCCCUGUCAUGAAUUCAAAGGCUUCACCAACACAACAGAGGAGAAGAGAAUGAAGAAAUUCACUGAUGAGGUGAUUCGAUUUGCAGCAGCUUGUAUGAACAGCCGCACUAAUGGCACCAUUCACUUCGGAGUUUCAGACGAUCCACACGGACAAAUUUUGGGUGUGGACAUCCCAAAAACAGAUGAGUUUGAUGAUCGACGCAAAUAUGCAAUUGUAAGACAUUUCAAUCCAGAUAAAGUUCAGAUAGCAAAGAUGUGCAUUAAACCUCCUCGAUUUGUUGAAGUUCUCAAAGCAGACAUGACACCCUCUGGAAAAUAUGUUAUUGAGGUGGACAUAGAGCCGUCAUCUAUAAUCUGUGAAGGCCAUCGCUUUCACACUAACAAUGUGAAGAUAAAUGAAGAUGAGAUGCAACAGCCCACAGCUGGAGAGAAGAAGAAGAAGAAUAAAGGUGACAAGUCUUUCUACAUAAGAGACGGAAGCAGCAGCAGGAACCUCAUUACAGCUAAACCCUCAAAGGAGUUUGAGAAAUAUAUCACAGACAUGUCAGAGAAGGACAGCUGGAGGAAAGAUGCUGAAGAAAAGCAUCUCUCUGUUGUCAAAACGUAUGCACAGGGCUCUGAACUCAGACAUUUGAUAACAGGAGGGGCUACAUCUAUGGACAUAUCAAACUUUACAUCAUACAUUGUGGUGGCCAACAAGUCUCAUCCUGUUCAGCUGGAAAGCAUGGACUUCCUUCUUCCUAUGAAUCUAUUGGGUGUUUUGGACUUUGAUCCACAAUCCGCUGAGAAUGGCUUGAGGAAGCUUUUUCAAGAGAGAAAGGGGCAUCAUGUUUUACCGGCUACAGGUACACUUGAAGACACUGCAGGCAGCUUAAAGCUGGCUAAAUCCAGAAGCUGGGUUUUCUGUAAUGGAGGAAUUAAUGGCGAAACCCAGUCUGAUGAUGAUAAUUGGAUGACAGAGAAAGGAUUCUUAGUGGAAAAUAAAGUUUCUUCCCUGUGCCAACAAGAGAUACCUCACAAGUUUCUUGUCGUUUUCUUGCUAUUAAGUCAAGUUAAAGAUGGGAAAGACAUUUUGCUGGAGACCUUUAAUAUGUUUUUACAGAAGCUUGGAGGACAAAACCAAAUCUUAUGCAUCUGUGACAAUGAAGCAACAUACAACUACUGGAGGGAUCUCAUUAGGGGCCGAUAUAACGUCGACAUCUUAAAAUGCAUUUACGACCUGAGCUUUGCUGAAGUCAAUGGCACUGUGCUCAGCCUGUGGUCUAAAGACCGCAAAAUAAAACGGUUUCUGCCUUGUGGUGGCGGCAGCAAUGUUGUGCUCUAUAAGAUAACAGAGGAACGCUUAAGUUUGCUGAGUAUUCUUUGUGUGAACCAGUGUGAAGGAGAAAAUGAGGAUCAAAAACUACAUGAGGAGAACUUUUACAAGGGAGGAGAGGCAACUUGGUGGAACUUCUACUACUCAGAACAGCGUCAGAGACAGAACAAGCCAGUUUCAGUCAUUAAACGGGACAAGUUUGACCACAUAGUCAAUACUCUUAUUCCGAAGAUGCUGAAUGAGAAAAGAGCUUGUGCGUGUAUCAACAUCUUCCAUAUGGAAGGCUGUGGUGGCACUACACUGGCCAUGCAUGUUCUGUGGACACUCAGGGAUGAGUUUCGUUGUGCGGUGCUGCAGGACUCAACAGAUGAUUACACAGCAGAAGCAGCUAAACAGAUAGUACAAUUACUAACAUAUAAGGCAAAAGGGAAAGCUACACGACUUCCUGUAUUGCUCAAGACAGAGUUUCAACACUAUGGGAAUGUACAAAGACUUCAAGAUCAAAUUGAGAAGGAAUGUUUAAACCAGGAUGUUUUUUCAAGAAGUCCACAAGUCAUUAUUGUCAACUGCAUCAGAGUGGAUGCCUGUAGACACAUUGAAGAUGCUGGCAAUGCAGUUUUCAUUCCACAGUACUUGUCUGAAAGGGAACGAAAACUAUCUGAAGAAAAGCUGAAGGAGUUGAAGGAGACCAACUCUGAAACAGUUUACUCGAACAUGUUCAUGACCCAAUUUUCAUUGAAAUGUAUUCAGGAUGUUGUGAAAGAGACACUGAAGGGCUUCAACUUUAAACACAAGCAUGCUCAGCUUUUUGCUAUUCUUGUCCUCUUGAACAUCUACCGGAGAAACGCAGUGCUGUCAGUCUCUACAUGUCAAGAGGUUCUUGGUUUGCCAACAAAAGCUAAGGUUGAAGAUGGAUUUGAGGUGUUUUCCACUCUUUUGAAAAGAUGCACAGUUUUUUGCGAAGUUCCCAUUGUAGGCAUGACGGUAAUUCACUCAUGUAUAGCUGAGCAAUGUUUAAAGGAGCUUUCAGAUACUUAUGGAGUGAGUAAGGCAGAAAUUGCUAACCUUCUUCUCACAACUAACUCCUUUUAUGACAGCAGUCCAGGCCAAGAAAAACUACUGCAGGAUGUUCACAUCAUCUUUGUGAGGAGGCAACAUUCAGCCACAGAUAAAGAUGUCUUAUUUUCACCUCUUAUCCAAGAUAUCAUGAAAGAAACCCCAGGGAUGGAAGAGACUGUUCUUCUCAAUGUAGCGGAGCUUCUCAAAAAUGAUGCAAUGAUGUUUCAGCUCCUUGCCAGGUAUUACAUUAAAAAACAGGACUUUACCAAGGCCAUGGACUGGGCAAAGAAGGCCAAAGAACACUCAAUGGGCAAUUCAUAUCUAUGUGAUACAGUACCUCAGGUACUUAUGUGUGAGCUUGAGUAUGCUUUUGAUGAAGACAAAGACGAUCCCAUCAAGCAAGACAGUCUCGAUAGGCUUCUGACACUGGCUGAGUCUGCUACUGAAGCUUGCAAAGAAACACAGAAAACUGCAAUAAAAGAAGCCGAAGCUCGACUAGAAAGCGAAGAUGAUUCUGAAACCUACAACACUGCAGGCCAUCUCAGUCACCUUCAAACUGCAGGUACAGUUAUAAAAAUCCUGCAAAAGAUGCCGCUAUUUAACUUAAAAGACACUCGCAACAACUGCCUCAGUCAAGUCCUCAUGAGUAAAAUUACUAUUGAAGAUUUGCUCAGCAAGAAUCCCAGACUUAAGCCGUACUACCCGGUAUUGCUAAAGCAUAAGAGAUAUCUUCUUCAACUAAAAGAGAGGAUGAAGGAAAAUUUUAUCUUUCUUAACAAUUUUCUUGUCAAUUUAGUUCCAUUUUUUGCUGAGAAAGACAAACAAAAAGAACUGACAAUGCACAGGAUGUCCAAGUACUUUCAACAGUACACUGACCUCUUUUGUGACAUUAAUUGGGGUGAGCUGAUCAAUAACAAGCACGUAAAUAGCAUGGCUAAAAUUGAGCAGACACGCCAAUGUCUGGAGAAGAACAAGGGAGAUUCCUACACAGGUCUUCUGGAGCAAUUAUAUCAGGACAACUCUGCAUCAACUCUUGAAGAGAUCAUCCAGCAGUAUCGUUUCAUUGCUAGAUUACAAAGGGAUCAACCCUUGAUGGACACAGUCAACUUUAUAUAUGCCAAUGUAAUUCUGGCCAACAUCAAACCUGAAUCUCAGUUCAUCAUGCCUUACCCACACCUUUGUGAAUUACUACCUCAUAUAAACAUACAACCCGCAUCUUUCAGUGAGAUCCUGCCAUUGCACUACAUCACAAUUUUAUUGUUAUGGGAAGAGGGGAAUGUUGCAUUGCCAGCAAUUGUGUCACAAAUGAAGGCAUCAUAUUUCACUGAACUGAAUCCUGUGUCUAAUGGAAAAAAAGCAGCAGUCCACUUUUACCUAGGGAAAUAUGAGGGUUAUGCUGGCCUGAUAUCCCAGAGAGAUAUUAACUGCUGUUUAGCACCAGGGCAGGACAUCGCAACUCAGUGGGAUGAUGAAAGUAUAUGGAACAAAGUGAGAGACAGUGAAAAACUUCUCAGAGUUUCUGGUGAAAUUCGGGAUGGCUUUAUCAGUGUUGCUGGCAUCAUGGUUGAUCCGAUGUUCAGAAGCCAGAUAUAUAAAGAAUCUGGCACGAAUGUGAAUUGCUUCAUCGGCUUCUCAAUGAAUGGACCAGUCGCACUUGACAUUGACUUUGAGUAAAAAGCUCAAAAGCUUGAUCUCACAGGGAUACAGAACACAAAUGGGAAACGUUUUUGAUUUCCAAUAUAAAGUCCUGUAGCUGUUCUCAUUUUUAGUUUGCUUCUUCGUCAUAUCUGACACACAACAGCUAAUAUAAAUCAUCGAUCACUGGUGUUCAUGUUUUUAAACUUAGUUUGUAAUGUGAAUUUCCUAAAAACAGGACAGUGGCCGCAAAUAUAUAGACUUCCAGAGAGAGCCUGCAUGAACAAAUGCUGUAUUUCACUGAAACUGGGAUUUCUUAUGUUUCUUUACUUGCAUUGAUGAUUGUAUUUUACCAAUAAAUUGAUAGUUCAUUUA